AAAAAAGAUCUUGGUGCAAAGCCCAAGAAAGAUAUUAAACCUGAUUUGAAAAAGGAGAUUAAGAAAGAGGUCAAACCAGAAGACAAAAAAACUACCAAAACUCUUGGCAAGGAUGUUAAGAAAGCCACUGGAAAUUUGCCAGGCAAUGCAGAGGCUAGAAAGACAGUUGGCAAGUAUGGCUCACUAAAGAAAGAUUUGACGCUCCCUAAAAAGGAUCCUUUGACCAAAGGGAAGCCAAAGCAAGACAAAAAGGAGCCUGACAAUCUGAAACCCUCAAGUGCAGUCCAGUCAAAGACUUCUACACCUGGGGACAUUACUGCCCAGUUGGAAAAGUUGGGGAUGGAGAAUGAACAUGGGCCAUUGGAGGAUGUUGAAGGCAACCAUGUGAGCUCAAGAACAGAUUGUGCCUCUGAGAACAAUGACAAGCAGGUGAAUGGCUGUACAACAGUUACUGAUGAAAGUCCAGAGAAGUUUCGCAGUAUGGAUGGGGCCCCUGACUCAAACAGUGCUAUUGGACUUCCCUCCCCACUUGCUCCAAAGAGUGAGAAAAGUGUUAAUUUUGAUAUCACACCAACAGAGCUUGAUGGAUGCCUCAAAGACGAUGUCUGUACAAGCUCGGAUGAAAAAACCCUUGAGUUAUUUUCCCCCACAGACUCUGGGAAGAACAGUUCAGGGCAUUACCCACAAUCCCCUGACAAUUCUUCUCAGGUCUCUGGUGAAGAUUGCAAGUUAGGUCUCAGGAACUCUGGUCUCGGUUUUGAAGACAGUCAGCAAGUCUGCAAGAACUCGAUGGCAGGUUGUUCAAGAAGCAAUAUAGAAAACAGCUCCAUAUCGUCACAAGAUAGACAAUCAAGCUUUCUCUCCUCGACUUCUCUUAAAGAUACUCUACCCGAUGCCUCUCCCAGCAUCACUUCCUUUCCUGCGGAAGUUGGCUCUCCACACUCCACUGAAGUAGAUGAUUCGUUAUCGGUUUCCUUCGAACAAGUGCCUGUUUGUCAUUCACAGGAAGAGUUGAGCAGCUUGGCAUACACUAAUGGACAUUUAGCAGACCGUGAC